CACGCACAUACACUCUCUCUCUCUCUCUCUCUCUCUCUCUGACUCACUUACUCAGCAACUGUACAUGCUACAGCAGGGCAGAGAAACGGACUGCAGCAUUUGAAUUUCAGACUGUGGAGAUACCUGAAAGAAGACGAACAUUUAGGGGUUCUCUUUGUUUUUCUCUCUUGUUUGGCCUUCCACAGACCCUCCAUCAUUGAGGCAGUCACGAUGGCUUCCUGUAUGGUGUCUAUCCUCUUCUUGUUCCCUCUAAUCGCCGCCAUGUCAGCAGAAGAACCGCCAGGCUGCAAGAUCCGGAUCACUAACAGGGGGCUCGAAAUGUUGAAGUACGAGACGCAGAAGUUUGUGGUUGAGGAACUGAGCAACAUCACCAUGCCAGAGAUGAAGGGCAAAGAGGGCCGCUUCCAGUACACCAUCAAAGAGGUGAAGAUAAAUGAGCUGAAUCUGACCUAUGCUGACCUGGCCUUCCAGCCUGGCCUAGGACUGCUCUUCAAUGUGCAGAACUCCUCCAUCGCUCUCAGCUUCCAGAGACACAUCGUAUACUGGUUAUUCUAUGACACCGGAGCCAUCAAUGCCUCUGCAGAAGGCGUGAACAUCCACACUGUCCUGCACAUGACCAGAGAUGAGUUGGGACGCCUCAAGAUCUCCAACAUCACCUGCGAUGCCUCCAUCGCCAAAAUGAAAAUGAAGUUCACUGGCACCUUGGGGAGGGUGUAUGACUUCCUGGCGACUUUUUUGACCACAGGAAUGCGCUUCCUUCUGAACCAGCAGAUCUGCCCUGUCAUGAACCACGCUGGUUUGGUUCUAAUCAACUCUUUGUUGGAGACAAUUCCAGUGCGAACAGAAGUAGACAACUAUGUGGGGAUCGACUACUCCCUCCUCAGUGACCCUGUGGUGACUUCAAGGAGUCUUGACAUGGAUUUCAGGGGCAUGUUCUUUGAGCUCAGGAACGAGAGCAACACCUUGGUGAACUAUGCCAUCAACCCAAUUGUGAGAGAGUACGACCGCAUGGUGUACCUGGCUCUGUCCGAGUACUUCUUUGACAGUGGGUUGUACUCCUAUUAUAAAGCUGGCAUAUUCCAACGGAAUAUCGCCAACGAGCACAUGCCAAAGGAUCUGGAGAUGCUCCUUAGGACAACAUAUUUUGGCACCAUUAUGAUGAUUAGCCCAGCCCUAAUGGAGUACCCUAUCUCCCUGCAACUGGAGUUGAACUCUGCCCCCAAGACAAUGAUCAAGACCUCCGGGGUCACCGUGGCCAUCACUGCCAUCGUCACGGUGAUGGUGCUACCGCCCGGCAAGGCGCCUGUUCAGCUCAGCAGCAUGACCAUGGAGGCCAAAUUCAAUGCCAAGGUGUCCAUGAAGGGCAAGAGACUGGCUGUUCACGCAGACUUGAGGAGGUUUAAAAUCUACUCCAACCAGUCUGCUUUGGAAUCACUGGCGCUUAUUCCCCUACAAAUCCCCCUCAAGACUAUGCUGCAGAUCUCAAUAGUACCCAUCAUCAAUAACUGGACCAAGAGAGGCGUCGCUAUCCCUCUUGCAGAUGGUAUGGACUUCAUAGAGGAAGUGGUGGAGUAUCAUAACGGUUACCUCAUCAUUGGGGCAGACCUACAUUUCAGCAAGGGCCUAAGGGAGGUGAUCGAGAGGAAAAUCCAGGCUGAUGCCGAGAACGCCAUCUAAAGAGAAUUCUCCACCAGCAAUAACCAAGGAUAGAUAUCUUAACCAAGGAUAAACACCCAUCCAAUCCCGUGUUUCUAUGUCCUCAAGGGCACAUGCCUUAUCUACAUGUAGCAGACUCUACUGUAACAAUUUCACCAAACCAUGCGGAUUCCAAAUCUUUUAAGAAUCCAAGAUAAUAAGCUAGACUGCAACCUGUCCAAUAUAUAUGAGAGCGAAAUGGAUAAUACGAAUCAUGCUUAUGUAGAAAGAUCACCAUAAUAAUACCAUUCCUUUAGUAUUUUUUUCCUAUGUAUUGCUAUUUUGAAAAGUGCUUUAAAUAUACUUUUAUUCUGUUGCCUAAUUUUUUAAUAGUGUAUAGAGAUAAAUAAUCAAAAUUCUCACCUCAGAAGGGCACAUACUGUAUGUGAGUGUACUACUCAAAACAAUACCUAACCUCGUGUCAUAAGAAUUGCCCAUGGUCAUGUCAAUGCCCAUGCUAAUGUCAGGAAUUAAUUGUGUGCUCUUCACCAUCCUUUUAAAAAUGACAAUGCUUAACUGUAUAAUAUAUGCUAAACUUAAAACUAAUUUAAAAUGUGUUUCUACAAACAAAAUUGCCUACUUUACUUUACCAUUAGUCAAAUGGAGAGCUAGCUGGUGAGAAAUAAAAUGUACUAUUUGAGAAAUUAAAUGUUUAAUGAAUGUUAACUGGAAAAAAAACAAAAAAACGUACUUUUGUAAAUAUGGCUUCAUACCUGCAAAGACUAUUCAAUGAUUGAAAGGUUUUCCUUACAUGUGUAACUAGGGCCUAACCGAACAACAUUCAGUAUGGCAAAGUGUUUAAUAAAUAAAUCAAAAAAUUUAUAAAAAGACAAAAACUAAAUUUUCUUGAAAUCUCUGAUAAAUCCCUCACCUGAAUUAUUGGUAAAGAACAGUUUUAUUAAAAAAUCAUGACAGAAUCAAUGUGAAUACAGCUGAAGCAUUGACACAUUCCCUUUUUAUCAAAGUGGUUCGAAGUAUUCAUUUCUGAAUACUUUCUAAAACAUUUUAAAAAUGCUCUCGUUUGUGCAUCUGUAAAAGUUUGUGAUUGUUUUAGGUGACAAGCCAAAUUUCUUCAGCCUCCUGAGGUUGAAGAGCCGCUGUUGCGUCUUCUUCACCACGCUGUCUGUGUGGGUGGACCAUUUCAGUUUGUCCGUGAUGUGUACGCCAACGAACGUCCACUACUGUCCCGUCGAUGUGGAUAGGGGGGUGCUCCCUCUGCUGUUUCCUGAAGUCCACGAUCAUCUCCUUUGUUUUGUUGACGUUGAGUGUGAGGUUAUUUUCCUGACACCACACUCCGAGGGCCCUCACCUCCUCCCUGUAGGCCGUCUCGUCGUUGUUGGUAAUCAAGCCUACCACUGUAGUGUCGUCUGAAAACUUGAUGAUUGAGUUGAAGGCGUGCAUGGCCACGCAGUCAUGGGUGAACAGGGAGUACAGGAGAGGGCUGAACACGCUCCCUUGUGGGGCCCCAGAUUUGAGGAUCAGCGAGGUGGAAAUGUUGUUUCCUACCCUCACCACCUGGGGGCGGCCCGUCAGAAAGUCCAUUAUUUCGCCAUUUCUUGGAAGUACACACCAUGCGUAACGGCAGUAAUGAUGAUAGUUGCUCUGUGAAACUCCAUGUUUUGGUGAUGUUUGCAAAACAAAAAAAGGCAUUUUUUGGAGCCUAAAUUAGCCAUAACUCUGUGAGUGAGUAAGAUUGAGCUUCACAAUGAUGAACACUUAAACAGGAUAUUUUAACAUUUUGAAAUGUUGUAAAUUUUAUAUACAACUAAUGGCACAACGUUGCCUAACACGGAGGACAUUUAUGAGUGAGACAUAAAAUUUAAAAAAGCACCUUUAUUUUACUAGGCAAGUCAGUUAAAAACAAAUGAUCAUUUACAAUGACGGCCUACCCCGGCCUAACCCUAACCCGCUGGGCCAAUUGUGCGCCAACCUAUGGGACUCCCCAUACAGCCUGGAAUCGAACCAGGGUCUGUAGUGACACCUCUAGCACUGAGAUGCAGUGCCUUAGACCACUGUGCCACUCUGGAGCCCCUAAAAGGAGUGGAUAUGCCAGGGAUUGAACCCAGACUAACAACAUAAAACAUGGAAAAAUAGAUACAACUGAGUGUUUAUAUGUUUUCCCACCGAAUAAAUUAUGAAGCUUAUUGAAUGCCAUUGUAGGAAAGGGUUGUUUUCUUUAAAUUGAGAAUUACAACAAACUGACGUUAACAGGGUGAAAAGUGUUAUCAGGGACACACCGAAAAUCUUAAAUAUAAUACAAUAAUCAUGAAAAAAGCGUUAUUGACAAGAGAAAAUAUAAAUAGGACUAGAAAGUAAUGAAGAUUUAAAAUGUUAUUAUAAUGGCUUAUAUUUCUCGUGGAAGUUGAUGAAUAACAUCAGGGGCCAUGGAAAAAAAGCCUACAUCCACUGAAAAUGUGUUCAAAACGCAUAAAAUAUCAUUUUAAGAUGCAUAUUUUUGUGUUUUUAAGGUAAAUGACUCCUGACCUUAUAUUUAAAGCCUUUUGGAAUCCACAUUUUACACUGAGUAAGAAGUGAUAUUUCCUGGGGAUAGAAAAGGCACAGCAUUGUAGGAAUGACCCCAGGUAACAUUAGCAACUCAGCAGUAGUGAGGGGGUUUGUUGUCAGCCACAUUGAAGUAUCCUGAGUACUGUUUGAAGUUAGGCUGCUUUUGAAGCCCAGGGAGGAACUUCAUUGUAUCUGCUUCAGGUGCCCCAAUAGUCCCCGACGCUCCCAACAGCAGGGACAACACCAAAUGAAACAUUUUGGGGUAAAAUUGCAUGCAAUGUUAAUAAUUUGUUAGUUGGAGCUCGUGAUGGGUUGUCACUAGUUACGACAGCCACAAACAAAAACUAGGCUAUAUCAAUGAAAACAAAAAUGUGUUUGUUGGUCUUAAUUUAGGGUUAUGACUAACAUUAGCGGUGUGGUUAACGAUAGGUUUAAAAUACGAUUUUAAGUAGAGAAAGUGUACAAAUAGGCGGAGUUUAGAUAUAAUUAUGGCUUUGUGGCUGUGGUAACUAGUAACGUCUUCGCGAUGAGCUGGUCCCAGGACAGCACAAUACUAGCGCGUAUCAAAUUGCGCAGACUGUUAGGUUCCGCACCUCAAAUUGGGAUGGUUGUUGCUUUGUUGUGUUCUGCUGCAACGAAAAUGCAGUUUUCCCCGUGAUCCCGAAAGAAGAUCAAAACUUCUACUUUGAAGGCGCAACUGGAAUGCACACGACCGAUCGCGGUGACUUGAAAAUAUAUUGUAACGUUAACUAGAAAUGUCGCUAAGGUUAGCAUAAUUUGUUUUGUGAAUGAUGUUAGCUAGCCAUCUCUCGAAAACACUUAUCUCCAUAGGUUGGCUGGACACAUUACAUUUUUUUUAUUUUCACCCUGCCAGCGCCUAUUAGUUCUAUUGUCUUUCACUGUCUUAACAGCCAUUCUGUUUCACCUUUAUCCAUCUAAUUUUCUCCUACUUGUUUCCCCUCCAUCUCUCUCUGGUAGACUGUCGUUGCUUGAAAUUGAGCUGUUGCACAUGACCAUGCUUUUUAUGUAAAUUCCCAUCCAACCCGGAAUGAGGAGAACAGCACAGAAUGGUGCCCUUCAGAUCGUCCCAUUGUGUGUAAAUUGUCAUAGUGGGGUUUGUAUGUAUGUGUUUGACAUGAAGUAAGACUUUUCUCUUUGAUGUCCUAGGUUCUUGACUCCAGUGGAGCUGGACAGUCUCAGAGUAUUUGAGGGUCAAGAGGGAAUACAUCGUAAGAGCCUACUCACAUGCAGCAGUGCACCCCACUGCGACGGCUGCCAACCUUGGCGCAAUACUUGACCUUGUCAUCACAUAGUUCCAUGGUCACAUAGUUCCAUGCGGGCAAUAGACCAGGGAAAUGGCUUCCUGGAUUCCCCCCAAGCAGCUGAUUGGUCGGUCCCAUUGCUAAUUGGAGCUGACCCCGCCCUCUCGUCAGAGGAUACAUCUGUAUCCCAUUACAGACUCCUUCUCCAGCUAGAAAAGCCAGUGUUCCUUUGCUGAGAGAGAGCUGAUGGUUAUGUUCUGUGUUUGUUGCUCAGACAGAGAGCUUAUUAGUAUGUCCUGUGUUGGUUGUUGCUGAGAGGGAGCUGAUGGUUAUGUCCUGUGUUGGUUGUUGCUCAGAGACAGGUUUUUGUUAAGUAUUUUGUAGCCGCUGCUUCUAAGGUAUGUGUGUCCCCAUAGGACGCAGUGUUUUUGAUUAUUGAAAUUGUUUACUUACGUUUGUAUUAUUUUUCAUUUGUUCCCCGGGGGGAAGGGGAAGGCAUCUAGGGAGUGCUUAGGCAAGAGGCCUGCGGACAUACAUAACCUGUAGUAUUUACUGUUUAUGCACACUAGGUAAGACCUGGGCGGACCACCCCCUGCAUUCUGGUUAGCGCACCAGGUGGUGCUAAAAUAUUAGGGAAGUAGUGGGUAGGCAGUGAAGUUAGGAGAGUAAAAAAAAAAAAUUUUUUUUACUGUCUUUGCUUUGGUUCCGUCCAGCCCCUUUUCCCCAAAUUGACAGUGUGAAGGAAUAAAUUCUCAGUAAAUUCUCUGUCUUUGUCAUCCUUCCCCCCACCUACAAUCCCAUUCAUCUUUCACUCCACGGGGAGUUGAGUUGUAGCAGGGUGUUGUGUUCCCUCUUCCAAGAGGCGUACGUAACAAUGUGUUUUUAAAUCAAUGCAUGGUUCUGAAAUGGAAAUAAAUAGCUUAUGCAUAUGAUUUAAUUACUAUCUUUAAUUGAUCUCCAUUCUGAACACAUUCUAAAUAGGCUACAUUCUAGUUGUACCUUAUGAUUACUGGAGACAUGUAAAACCAGUCACCAGUCAGUGGAUAUGCUUCAGAUAACUGAAGCAUAUCAACUUUUCCACCGGGAAAUGUAUGAAAUGUUGGCCUUAACUUGCAGGGAUGAAAUUUGGAGACCCAAGCUAUAGACUUCUUUAGCCAUGCGCAAAUUAUAGUAGUAAUGAGCGAGCUAGGACGGACUUAGUCAACAUAAAUAUUUGAUUAGCACUUUUGAAAUUUACAGCGACAGAAUUCAGAACAUGAGCCGUUCUUACAGUAUACUCCAUGUACACCAAGUCAGAACCGAAGGAUAAAUAAAAUGGGGCAUAUAAGUAGACAAUGAAAUCUCUUACAAUAUUCGAUGAUAACAUUCCUCUUAAACAGGUUAUAACCUACACGUGCACAACCUAGUCAGAACAGUAGAUAAAACUAAGAGGGGUAAAUAGACCAAAUUAUUAGGGUGAGGCACAUGGGCUACUAAAAUCUUACUACACAACAUACACUUAGUAUUACUUGCUUGGCUACAGUAUAGAUAUCUCCCUGGCAUAUUACAUAAUCUAUGCAGCAGCAUACAAUACAUUUUUGGACUCACCUUGUUGUGCUGUGCUCGCUUGAACAGGAAAGUAGUGCGGUGGUCCUUCGUGGCCAAAUUCUGUCCUCGAAGUCUAGUUUCUCUGGAUUUAUGGUGCUUUCAAAACAACUGGGAACUCGGGAAAAAACAAGGUUGAAUCAUGAUGACGUCAUUGAUCCUCAGGUCAUAGCUCUAGAAAGAGGCCGGAUUUACAAUUCCGAGUUGGAUGACCGUUCAAAACGUAUUUUCCCUUUCGGAGCAUAUUUAUUCCUAACUUCCCACUUGUCUUGAAGUCACUGAAGUCAAGUUGUAUUGAGCAUGGCACAAAUCAUGCUUCAUUGACCGCAUGGCCAAUGUUUAAUGUUUAUAAUUUUAAAUUUGGAAUAGAGCCCCUUAAUCCCAGAUUUGGGACCACACAGCCACUCCACUGAGUAGCAGGCUAGUGAUUGCUUUGAAAUGCUUGCAGUUAGCCACUGUCACUGAUUCUUUCCAAACCACUCAUUGUUGAAUUUGCAAUUUCCAACUUGUUGUGUAAUGUUUAUGUCCAAUGGCCGAUGAGCACCGAUACGUUUUAUCUAUAAUUUCUCUUCAUCAUUUCUCUUCAUAUGUCAAGGAUUAAAAAGGAUUUGCCAGUA